AUGAACUCGAUGAACUCGAUUAACUACAGUUUUAUGCCGCAAAAUGCACCAGGCAACAUCGAUGAAUCUGCAAGGUUACUUUCGCUGUAUGCCCACCUGGCUGGCACCAGCAAUGCCGCCUUUAGCACGGCUCCCAACUACAUGUAUCAGGGUUUCCCCCAAUUCAAUAGGGUGGGGAUGUUUGUGGAAGAUGAACAAUACCUUAUCCGGGCUCUGUGCGAUGGAAUGAUGAAGAAACAGACGAAACGCGUUACUUUAGAAACGCUGGAUGGCGUCAAUAACCAUUCAGCAAUAGCUUGGAAAGACUACUACUUAGAACAUAUGGAUAGACUGGACCAGGCUGCAGCGGAUUUGCAGGAUUCUGUAAAGCCUGUGGCGGUUGAGAAGUCAUCUACUUCGUCGACGUCGACAUCGACUCGUGAAAUCGACAUGUCGAAGUCAAAGUCGACUCACGAAACCAAAAUCGGCAUGACUCAUGACACCGGCGCAUCGAAGUCGACUCACACCGGCACAUCGAAGUCGACCCACGAAAGCGGCACAUCGAAGUCGACUCACGAAUCCGGCGACGUAUUCAAGUCGACUCACGAUCAAUCACCCUCUACCAUUCAGCAGCAUCAUUCAGAGGACGUGAGGCUACUUUCAACUGAUCCUAACCUCCGGAUUUCUGAGCCGCCGUCUCGUACGCCAUCCCCACCUUUUUCUGCGCUCAGAGCAAGAGAAGGGAGGAGAUUCAUGGAGGAUCAAAACUCCAAGUCGACUCACGAAACCGACGUGAACACAUCGCAGCGUCCUUCUGAUAAAUCACCCUCUACCAUUCAGCAGCACCAUUCGGAUGACAUUCCAACUCAUUCUAAACUCCGGAUUUCUGAGCCGCCAUCUCGCACGCCAUCCCCACCCUUUGUGGUCACAGCAAGAACAGGGCUGAGAUUCUUCGAAGAGGAUCAAGAUUUCGUUGUCAAGUUCGUUCAGCGGAAGCUCAGUAAGAAUCUGAACCUAAACCAAAUGCAGCUAUGUGCUUUGCUUGCAGAGAAGGCUCCCCAUCAUUCUGCGGCUUCGUGGUACAGCUACUGGACUCGAAAUCAUGAUUUAUCAGAGAUACUUGCUGAAGUUAGGAUGAAGGAAGUGACUCGAAGUAAGGGCCUUCCUGAGCAUUUAUUCACUGGUAAUAACUCUUACUCAGGUUUAUUAUCUGAAGAUGAGUCUGGUCCUGAGGUGUCAGAGGAGGAGUCAGACUAUGAUACGGAGGAUGAUUUGCGUAACAUGGGCCAUUCAGGUGAUCAAUUUCUUUCAGCCGAUAAGCGUGUCCUUGCCAGACACAUAGUAUCCUACCCCAACUGGGAUUCUAUGACACACAAUGAGAAGUGGCAGCCUUUCAUAAUCAAGGUGUGA